AUGUUUCAGUGGAUUUUUGGGAAGAGAAUGACCCCCCAGGAACAGCUGCGCAGGAACCAACGUCAACUAGACCGCACGCAGAGGGAACUGGAGAGGGAAAAGGUCAAAUUGCAACAGCAAGAAAAAAAACUUAUAUCCGAUAUCAAGAAAUCGGCCAAAGAUGGGCAAACAAAAACAAUGAAUAUACAGGCUAGAGAUUUAAUUAGGACACGUAAGCAAAUAACAAAGUUUGAUAAAAUGAAGAUGCAAAUGCAGGCAAUUUCUCUUAGAUUACAGACCAUUAGAAGUUCAAAUGAAAUGACUUCUUCCAUGGCCAAUGCUACAAGGAUAUUGAGUGGACUAAAUGCGGGAAGUUUGAAUAUCCAGCAGUUAAGUAGAAUAUCCAAUGAAUUUCAAAAGAGCUUCGACAUGAUGGACCAGAAGCAAGAAAUGGUGGACGAUAUUAUGGAUGAUAUUAUGGAUGAUGAAAUCGAGGACGAAGAUGAGGAGGAGAUUGAUGAAGUUGUCAACCAAGUCUUGGAUGAAGUUGGAAUAAGUCUCAACGACAAACUCAGGGAUGUGAGUGUUUCUGCUCUCAAUGGAGAAACUGUCUCUGCGAAUCAACCGCAACGCCAAGCCGUUACUGUAGGAGGAGGUCCUGGGCCUGGAUCUGGUUUGGGUUCAGAAGACGAGGACGAUCUUCAAGCCAGAUUGAAUUCGUUAAAGAAGUAG